CAAGAUACUGAUCAACUUUGACUUCUUCGCCAUCGAGGGAGAGCCGGCGACACGCGGCUGCGCCGCGGCCGUGAUGCGCCUCUGGCUGUCCCCCGACUCGGACAUGCCGCCCAUCGAGAUGUGCGGCGAGAAGCCGGCGAUGGAGCACUGGCAGUACGUGACCCAGGGCCAAACCGCACGGAUUAGCUUCACCAGUGCGGACAAGGCCAUCGGGGCACAGGGCUUCCGGAUAAUCUGGACCGAGGUGCAGGACUCGCCGGGCGGCCCAAGUUCGACGAUGGCGCUGCUGUGCGAGUCCACGUACCACUUCCAGUGUCUCGCGUCCGGCUACUGCAUCUCGGAGCGGCUCCGGUGCGACGGCGUCAAGAACUGCGGCUCCCAGGACAACAGCGACGAAAUGCACUGCACCAUCCUGGUUCCCGAAGAGGAUCACGGCGCUCUAAUAAUAUCCUGCAUAGCCGCCGCCUUGUGCCUAAUCUGUCUCCUCUGCACUCUCUGUCAUCGAAAAAGAAAACGCAGACAUCACAGACAGCUGGGGCUGCAUAGGAACGCCGCCCACUACGACUCGACGACCAGCGCGACAGGCAUCAGUUUGGGCUCCAGCCGGCGCCACCUGCAGGGCGGUGGUAGCCUCUCGGGCAGCCUGCACGGCAUCAACAACGAACCGAUGCAGAUCCCGCCGGCGCCGCUGCCCCCCGUUAGCGUGCCGCCGCACGUCUGCAUUAACGACACCCUGCUCGACACGGACGACCUGGACAACGACCUGUUCGUGAACGGUUGCGACCGCUUCGACGACAACGGCGAGUGUGUAUAGCGGUGAGAGAAACCAGCGAAGCCCCGCCGCUACCGUCUGCUUUACCGACAGUGCAGCAUCUGUCACUUUUGCCAGCACUUUUACCGCGGUCGGUACUGCUGCUCGUUCUACUACUACUACCCGUACGACUACUGCUCCAAGAUGAUGGCGCUGCUGUGCCUGGGCAACGUGCCGGUUGGCAACCGACGGCACGUAAACAACAACAACAAUGGCGGCGGCGACGGUCGCGGUAGUAGUGGUGGUGGUGCUGUCAGAUUCAACCACCCGCCGCGCGCUCACAGUUGCGACUUUGACGAGUACUACUACUACAUUCAACAACAACAACAACAUCCGGCUACGGCAGCCACGGUUGACACUUUGAAGGUUAUCUAUUAUUAGGGCAUAAACAAUGCGCGACGACUGGCAACAAGAAGGUAAACAAACAGCAAAACCAAUACUCUCUUUGUAAACGACUUCUUCUUCACUUUUGUUCUUAUCCAAGGAAAGAAAAUGGCAACAAGGCAUUAACAAUAAUUAAACAAGGAUAAACAAGAAACUAACAUUAGAUAAAUUAAAUAUUUUAAUUAAUGAAAAACAAGGUAAAGUAAAAUUUUUUAUCCAACACUAUGAAUUAACAACACUGUCGAGAGCAAGUAAUUCAUACCAAGAGGACAAAUGAAACGAUUAAUGGAUAUUGCAAGUAUAGUAAAAAAAAAGAAGUAAAAACAAAGAUUUCACAACCAAUCGCAAUACAUUAUAUUUUAGUUUAGGUUUUCCAAAAUGCAGGAAGGAAACAAAAAAUCUGUAACUGUAACAUAGCUAUUAACGGCAAUUAACAAAGUAAAAAAACAUGCAAGGAGCAUUCACGAGAGGCGAGGUGAAAUUGUUUUAUUUGUAAAGUUCAUUUUAUAUGAAACCCCCUUUUUAAAAAAAAAUAUUGAAAAAACGUAGAAAAUAAUGGCAAAAACGACACAUCCCAAAAAGAAGAAAAUCGUGAACGAAUAACCAAAUUAACAAACAAACAAAAACUAGGAAAUAUUUCAAUUCAACAACACUGACACAUACUCCAAGUACACGAACACACACUCACACGCAUAGCCACAGGACAUUGAUAUUAGAGAGAGAAACGAAAGCAAAGAUGGCGAGAGAAUAAUGUCGUAGACACUAACACACACUCAGAAUACACAAAAACACAAAUAAUUUGUAACAUAAACAAAAAGGGAAAAAAAGGCAAGUUGUUUUUUAUAUAUUUGUACGACAUAGUGUUAUUAGACAUUGAUAAACAAAAAGUAAACAAGAAAAAACGAUGUGUAGACUAAACAACACGACUAAUAAGAAAACAAACACACUUGAGAGCGGGCGAGAGAACGAAGAGAGAGAGAGAUAGAGAGAGCGAAACACGAUAGCUCCAAAGCAAGCGUUUUUUUAAACGAUCGAAUUCAGUUUAACUUCACCAAUACACAUAAAAAAACACAUCUGCUCUCACGCAAUCUCAUACUGUCUCUCUCAUAUUCUCUUUUGAGUGCAACUCUCUCGCGAGAGCGAAACAAAAACACGAAACCAAACAAUCCCACUCAUCGGUUGAUACAUAUUUCAUAAACAAAAAAAACUACCUAUACUCUCAUGUUACGCAACAAAUAUUAACGAAAACGGCAAACAACUCACAAACACACAAUUAUUAUGAUCAUAACACACACACAAACUCAUGUUUACGCUUAAAAUGAUCUUCCCUUUAUGAAAUAAACGAAACAAAAAAAGGUACACAAUGCAAGGCACGGCACACAAACACACUCAACAGCGACAGACGCAAGAAAGAAGGUAAGUGGUAAUCAAGUUUUGUAUAAACAGAAAACACAACAACAAAAACAACGGAAAUCAAAGCGAGUCUUGCGGGAUCUAUGUGAAAAAUUGUGUGUGAACCGGUUGGAGGCAAUCAAACGCAAAAAAAAACAAAAAAACGAAACAGAACAUAAGGAGUAAAGAAACACUAACAGAAACAAGUAAACAUAACAGUUAAUCAUGUAUUAAAUGUGUAAAGAACCUAAACAAACUAUAAUUUAACAGAAGCAGGAACGUGAGGUUAACCAAGAUAUAUUGCAAAAUGUGAGCGUCCAGAAAUAAGUAAACACACAUACAUACACAAGUAUAGUAAACCAAAAGCAAGCAAAAACAAAACAAAAAAGGUACAUAUACUAAAACUCAGAAAACACGGUCGCGAGCGGAAGUAAACACACACAAAGAACACACUUACUACACACCACUCAAUAUCAGAUCCGGGCAUGGUUAAGCUAAAGGGUAAACAAAAGGAGAGAACGCGUCAAAGGGAACCACGACUCCCCUCGAAUCUUCCGCAAAAAUAGGUCUGAUAAAAAGUUUUUAAAUUAAACAAUUUAAACAGCAAACAAGAAGGGUUAAACGACAAUGCACACCUCUUACAGACAAGAAAAAAAACACAAACACCUUCAAGCAGCAACGUGUCAAACGUCACUUUCCAUUUUUUGUCGUUGGGCGCGGCAGGCCUUGACUUUUUAGGUUUAACGAAAGCAAAAGUAACGGGGAAAACGUCAAAAUUUAACAACACACACAAGCACUAGUUUACAAUGUUUACAAGUGAGUGUCUAGAAGCAAACAAAACAAAAAUCACACAGAAUAAUCAGUAAAGCAGGUAUUAGACUAUGGCAAAGGAACAAACUCGCAAACAAAGCAGGCAAACUGCCAAACUGUCAAGUUUGUUUGAUUGUUUGUCGUAGUCCAAUACCUGUGAAGAAUAUCAAAUAAACAGUGCUUUUGUGGAGCAAAAUACCCUUUUAAAACAUCCCACUUAAUUCAUGGUUGAAUUUGUGUUGAUCUUCUCCCAACCUUCUCCGUUAGCGAUGCGUAAGCUUUGUGUCACUUCCCACGAUACUGUGCUACACUGUGAUGCGGGGUGUAUCACUUUUUCUUUGGAAUUUACCUAAACAAAAUAAAACUUUUUAUUGAGUUUUCUACAAACUUUCUCAAUGUACGAUUUUUGAAUUUUUUUUAAAUUCUCCCAACAAACUUCAAGCUAUAUCGGUUUGACGUUUGCUGCGUCAAAUUUGGUUCGUUUCGCGUUUAAAAACACAAAAAAUCAUCAAAAUGUGGAAAUAAAAAAACUGUCAUUGGUUUCAUAGUGGUAAAGUGUAAACAACGCAGAAAGCGCGUGUCACUUAUCUUAACAAACAAACGCGGUCUGAGCUUUUGUGACAGGUGGUGUCAUUGCGUUUGACAGCUCGUCGUGCAGGUGGGGUGGCGAAACAUUUGCGAUGCGGUCGCCUUCUUCCCAUGCUUCUUCCUCCUCAUCCCCGAACGCGAACGCGUCCAGGGUUGUUCAAAGUAAUGUGACGGAGCUGGUCUCCAACGCGCUUCAAAACAAAUCACUUCCAGCGCCUUUCGCAAAUGUUUUUCCGACUCAAGCGCACGACUCAUAUCGCGAAGCGAAAGUAAAAAAUAUCACCAACACACACAAACACACACGUAUUUAAGAGGCAUAACGGGAUCUAAUCUGGUACACACACACACACAAGCUCAAUAGGAACAAAAAUUCACUCCACAAACACACAACAAGGUGUUACGCAAGAACGCAUUCACGAAGAAAAGGGGUGUAAACAAAAGAUAAAAGAAUCGAAGCUAAAGGAACCUUAGGAUUAAAUGUUUGUUAAACCGAUUGGAGAACGCGUAGCAAGUCAAAACAGAAAUCCUGUCUGCGAACUGACAUAACAAAGCAAAAAGGGUAAAGAGAAGGUAGCAGAACGGUGGAAACAAAACGAAAACACAAACACAAGCGGCUUGGGCGGAUUUCUGUGUUUUAAAUGUCAGUUUUUUAGCGAAAGUAAAAGUAAACAAAAACACACAGACACAGGCUCACGCAGAAAAGAACACAAGAGAAACAACAGCAACAAGAACACACAGACACAACUAUACGGAACGAAGCAAGCGCUGAGCGAUUUAAGGGGAAAGCGCCGCUCGAACUGGCUUUGAAAUCCAACUCGAUGCUCGAGAGCAAGAGGGAAAAAACAAAAUGGCGCCCAAGUGCGGCAAAUUGAUAAUCACUGCCUAAAUAAAAAAUAUUAAAGAAUACAUAUUGAAAAUUUUACUAAGCAAAACAAAAGCAAACAAAUUACAUCCACACAAACGAAACGACAAUGCGGACGGAACGAUAACAGUAACAAACACAAACGCAGACAUACAAACGCGGUCUGGGAACACUUCCGCUGGCGCAUUUCGAAGCAUUCCCAGAAUAAAAAAGAAUUAGAAAAUUAUGAAUAAUUUUUAUACAUCCCUACACAAAAAUACCCCCCGGAGAGCUCGAAAUGACGUUCGGAAACGUUCCCGCGCCAGAGCAGAGCAAGCCAUGACAUCGAGGACGCGGAUUUCAAAGCCUACAUCGAUCGACCCCUAAACAAAAAAAACUCUCUAGAAAAAAAUGAGUGGUAGUUGAACCGUUUCGAAAUUAGCGUAAAAAUUGAAACAUGUUUUACGAGAGACCUUGAUGAUCCCCGCGGGGACACCUUUCUGUCCGACAAACAAACACAAAAGUAAUCGACUCGUUGCUAGCCCCCCCUCCCCCCCCCCCCCCCUCAACAAACUCACAACCGAUGUAGAAGUAAAAAAAACACGCACUCACACUCACACACAGAUACAGGGUAGUUGUUUAGUUAAGUUACCUCUAGAUUUAAACAAAAAAAAAAGCAGAAUUUAAACCUAACCUACACAAACACUUCCCGAUCGCAAAAUCGAAACUCUCCCUCUGAAACCGAAACCGAACCGUUCCCUGCGGGAAUCCUAGUGUUUUCAAAGUGACACACCCACAC